AUGUUGUGUGCAGAGUCUAGUUGUCGGGCGAAGGCGUCAGGGCAAACUUCGCAUCCCGCGUGUGUGUAUCCCCCUUUCGCUCUUAGCGCCCAGCACCGCGAGGCUCUCCAUCGCCCAGGCGUUGCGUUUUUUUUUCGUUGUGUGUGGUUUGUUUGCCUCCGCGGGAAGCUUGUGUUUGCUAGUCUCUUCGGCGCGCAGGAAAAGGAAGUGCAGGGCAGUGGAGGGAUGGCGCCAAAGUCGCGUCCGCGGUCGAAGUCCAAGUUGAAGAAGGGGCCGCCGCCGCCACCGCCCGUGAUUCUCUACGCCACUAACAAGGAGGACUUUGAAGCGGCCGUGCUGCAGUACAAGGGGGCGUGUCUGGUUGCCGUUGUGACGCCUUUCUGCAGUCGUUGCACGCGAACCGUCAUGCCAUACUUGGAGAAGUUGAAUUCGGAGCGGCCGAGCUUGUUGUCGGCUCUGAACAUUGUGGUGAUUAACGCCAGCGAUGAGUCGGUAGAGUUGUGUCGCUCACUGGAGCUUGUGGCCGUCCCCACCUUUUUCGCCUACUCCUACGGAAAGCAACUCACUGGCUUUUUAGGGGAUAACGUGGAGAAGGCCCUUCUGCUUGCAAAGCUGGCGGCGCAGCAGGCAGAGGAAGAUGCCAAGGAAGCAAUGAAGGAGGAAGCAGCAGCAGUGGCGGCGGAAGCCGGAACGGCACCAGUAGCAGCCCCAGGAACAGCUGAAAGGUAG